GUCAAUAAAACAGGAAUCUACUAUUAUCUAAUUACUUUUAGAAAAUUAUAAGUAUAUUCAAAAAAUUCAACAUGGUUAUGCUUUAACUCAUUUAAAAAAGGCAUAUUAUAGAAAGUACAAGUUAGGCAUUCGCAUAAUGUUAGAUAUUUCAAUUAUUGAAGGCAUACAUCUAUAUUAUAUGACUUAGAAUGUUAGUGUGACAUCAAAAUUGUUCAUAUGAAGUUAGACAUUGAACGUUUUGCUCUGAACAAUGUAUAUAUAUAUAUGUUCAUGAAAAAUGGGCGCUCAGAUAUGAAGAGCUUAUCGUGCAUCGUAAAUGUUCCAUACAUCAGCCUCGAUUUAUUAGCAAUGAUUUUUAUCCACGGAAAGCACAUUAUUAUACGAGCGUGUCAAAACGAAAGAAUUACACAUUCUUUCUUAUUGCCAUUCAUAAAAGUUAGAAAGUAAUAUACAUACAAUAUGAAUUUACGAGAACCAAAAAAGAAACAAAAGGCAAGAGUACAAAAUAAAUCUUCUCUACCAAUUGCAUUAAAUGAAGCAGAAUGGGUUGUUUAUACAGCUUAUCUUACAGACAUUGGAUCUUGCAUUACUGAUUCAGAUGAAAUUACAGCAGUACAUUCCAUGGGAUUUUUUGGUAAGGGUUCUUUAUCACGAAGCUAUCCAUCAUUUGGAAAAGCUCGAUAUGGAGCACCACCUCUUAUUAGAAAUAGGCAAUGGGUUCGUCGACAAGAGUGGUUACAAGAAGUUAAAUUACUUGACAAUGAAUUCUAUAGAGAUAAUAGUCAUAAUGAAAACUCUAUAAAAUCUAUGACAAAUGAUAAUUGUGUUGAUGAUAUAUCAAGUCAAUCUACAGAUACAAAGAAAAGAGAAGUAAUAGAAUCAUUCAAUAAUGAAAAAAAACAUGAAGAACCAGAUAUCAUGGAAAUUGAUAUGAAUAUACCUAAUAUGUCAAAAAAUAAAGACAGCAAACAAAUAAUCAAUGAUAAUGAAUUCUAUGAAAUAGUUCCUUGUUCUUCUGAAGAAGAUGUAUGUGUAAUUAUUAAUAAACAAUCUGAAAAAGACAUUGACAAAUCGGUUGUUAAAGAAAGUGAUGAAAAAGAUUUAGAAGAUCAACAUAUAGAUUUGAAUAAUCCAGGCAAUCGUAAUUCAGUAAUAGCAAGUAUGCAUAUUGAAAGAGGGAAAAAUGAUAUACAAGGAAAGUUAUUAAUUCUGCCAGACAGUGAUUCCGAAACAGAAAAUUAUCUAGAAAAUAUUAAACCAAGAAUUGAAUCUGAAAGCUUUCCAGUCAGGGAAUCUCUACAUAUGACUUUUGAAGAAACCUUUUUCCUUAUGUUUGGUUUAGGUUGUCUGCGACUAAUUCAUUUUGAUAGUACUUUAAUGGAUAUUAAUAGUGCUUGGUUAUAUUUUUGCAAGGAAGAUAAAAAUUUUAUACAAAAAUAUGUUGUAUACCAUUAUUUUCGAAGUAAGGGUUGGGUAGUUAAACCAGGCCUUAAAUAUGGAGGAGACUUUUUAUUGUACAAACAAGGACCACCAUUUUAUCAUGCCUCUUAUAUAGUAAUAAUAGAUGUUGUGGAUGCAGAUUUAUUGACCUUAAUUCCCAGUAAAUGUAUUCGAAAGAUGACCUGGAGUAACUUAUUUGGAUUAGAUCGCUUAGCUGAAAGUGCUGCUAAGGAAAUAUUAUUUGCACAAGUUUUGUGGCCUUCAUCAAUAUCUUUGAAUUCUGGCCCUCCCAGUCCACAUAUGCUAUCUGAAUUCACAGUGAGAGAAUUAUUAUGGAGGCGAUGGAACCCAAAACAAAAUCAAGAUGUAAUAAUUGUAGAAGAAGAAGAUGAUGAAGAUUCGUGUUAAAAGCAGUCAAUAUAUAAUUUAUUUAAAAAUAUCUGAUUACAAAAAUAAAAAUCUGUAUUUCUAUCAUUUGUUUUUUAUAAAUUAAAUAUUACUUUAUAGAGCUUAUAAUAAAUGCAAUUUGAACAAUAUGUUUAUACUUAUGAAUAAACUCGUUUAAUACUUUUUAUUAAGUUAUAAAAUAUCUUUAAGUAAGUUAAUGUAUUGU